UCUCAUCUCACCUUGACAACUUCCACCUUCAUAUAAGUUACGGACUUACCUAGAGAUACCCACCCUUCUCAAUCAACCCAAGGCAACAAACCUACAACGACGACGACCCUCGACCCUCGACCCUCGACUCCUAGAAAACUGCAUCCCUAUUGUUGAGUCCCCAGGUCAUCAUGCCCCAGGCAGGCCAGACGACAGGUCCGCACCUGGACAUCCACCUCGACGGCAUCGGCCGCCCGUACCAGCCCGGCGAUAUCAUCACGGGGCGCGUCGUCCGCCGCACGCACGCCGUCAGCCCCCAGGCCUCGGUGACGAUCCAGCUGCUGGGGCGGGCAAAGACCAAGAUUGUCGUCAGGAGGAAUAAUGGUAAUAAUACGACGCACAGUUACUACCGCAACCGCUUCAACUUUUUCGACGCGGGAUACAUGCACACAAAGCAGCAGCUGCACCAGGGCCCCAUCCACGUGCCCUCGUCCAGCAGCCCCGCGGCGUGGGAGUUCGCCCUCGAGAUCCCGACCCGCGCCUCGCCGCGCGCCGUCGCCAGCGAGCUCAGGGACCCCGAGGCGAGCUACCAGCCCGUCGACCCCGGCAGCAUCGCCCAGGCCCCGCUGCCCUCGUCGUUCGCAACCGAGGGCAGGCACCACAACACCCGCUUCGAGGCCUACGUCGAGUACCACCUCGAGGCGGCGCUCGUCCAGCAGGGCGCGAGCAGCCACCACAGCAGCCGCCACAGCGACCUCACCACGGCCACCCUCCCGCUGCACAUCCGCGCCGCCCCCGUGGUCCCCUACCCGCUGACGGACUUUGGCCUGUCCCGCCGCUCGGCCCCGCUCGCCGCGGCGUCGUACCGCCUCGUCCCCGGGAUGGAGGACGCCCAGCUGAGCUUCAAGCAGAAGAGCAAGAAGUUCUUCGGGUCCUCGAGCGUCCCCGCCUUCGGCUUCACGCUGCUGUACGACUGCCCCUCCGUCAUCCAGCUCGACAACCCGGCCCCGAUCCCGCUGCGCAUGCGCGCCGUCCCCGACGCGCGCCGCACGAGCGAGGUCCUGAGGGGGGUCCCCGUGCCCGUCUUGCUCACCUCGCUCGAGAUGGUCCUCAAGGCUGACACGAACGUCAUUGCGCCCGGCACGUGGGGGACCCAUGACGGCGAGGGGACGGUCAAGCAUAAUGUCGUGCUGCCUGUUGCUUCUGCGGGGGCUGUGCCGGCCGAGGUGCUGAGGACGAUGGGCCGUGGGGGUGGGAAGGAGGCGGCGAACUCAGGGGCUGUCCACCGGCCGGCGUCGUCGGGGGGCGCGGACGUGAAGCGGCGCAGUUUGGGACAUCCUUCUCCGCCGCGGGAUGAGCUCGGGGAGUCGUCGUCGUCAGCGGCACAGGGUCCUGCCCAGCAGCGCAGCUCGAAGGAAGAGCAGGCUGGUGGAGCAGGACAGGGCCCGGAAACACACGACGAGCCGCCACCGCCAGCAGUGGGGGACUCGUCCUCCCCGCCGACGUACCAACCGCGCGACGACAACAACGAUGCCCCCCCGCCGCCACCACCAGCGGCCCAAGCCGAGCAACCCCCAGCCUACCAGCCCGCGCCAGCCCAGUCCCCCGCAGCAGCAGGCCCCAACGGCCGCGGGCCCCUCGUGGUCCCCAGCGCGUGGGACGACGCCGACGGGGCCGAGACCGGGGCCUGGAUCGACGUCGGCGCGGCGCUGGGCCUCCGCCUGCACGAGACGCACGCCAGCUGCGGGGGCCAGCCGGUGGCGCGCGUGGCGGCGGAGCCCGUGAGCCCCCGGUUCGCGACGUAUUGUAUCCGGCACUCGCACCGGCUCAAGUGGAAGAUUGGGCUUACCGUCGGCGGGGAGAAGAUCGAUGUCGAGGCGGAGGGGUUUGUUGAGGUUGUUGGGGCUUCUCCUGGGUGUGGGUAGGUUAACUUGACGAAUCAACUACCUGGGUGGGGUCUUGAUGGCUGGGUUUGGGGGCUUUUCUCUGUGGUCUGGUGUGUUGGAUGUUUCUUGUGUGGUUUGUCUUUUCUUUUAAGAUACCCUGUUCAUAGAGUUUAGCAAUGCGCGACUUGGUUGAUACCUGGAAGUUUGUUGUCUGGGGACCUGGUAUUAGUGGUUUCGUUCUAGAUUUUGAUGUAUCGUGAAGGCGUACGGUCCUUUUAUCCGGUUUCGCUUCUAUUCCGUCUACGUCCCAAGGACAUACAUGGCGCCUUCAUUCGGUGGCAAACGCUCAAGACCCAACGUUCAAAAACCGUACUCGAGUUGAUUACAUCAACUUAGCUGGAACCCCAUGGGAUAAGAUGGAGACCACGGAUCUGCUUGUUCACUGCAAUGCACGACACGCACGGGGCUCAUGACCAGUCAUAGGGUCGCGUUGUGCGUGCGCACACAGCAAAAAGGCUGAUCUGUGGGAAGCAUACGCACGUCAGGCAGGCCAUCACAUGCGAAAGGCAGUGAACGCAUACAAUGAGUGAGCCAAGAAGCCCAGGGCACGAGAGGGGGCUUUUGGCAACGAAGCCGGAGCAACGAGGGCCAGCUGCCCGGUUGGUAGCUCCGAUUCUGUGAACAAGGAAGCGGCGUGGCCCAUUUCCAACAGGCGUCAUGGACGAUUCCUGACUGAAAGGAAGUGGCGACAAGGUCUGGCUGGAUGUCAGGGAGUAAAUUCUGUAUGUACCAAGGGGUUCUCGGUGACGAACAAAAAGCACUGCGCAAGUCUGUGUCAUGUUGGUUGAUGGUGUUAUGUCACAGGACAUAGUGCGUCACACAGCAGCCUUCCACAUCCCUGGUUCCGCAGCAGGGUCGCCGUGUAUAUGA